UCAUUCCCUCUCAACGUGUCCACGUGGAGCGAUUCUGGUGGCUGCCACGUAUUUCCCACGCCCCGUUUCAGUUUUCUUCUUCGUCUUCCCAAACAAAACUAUAUAUAAUCUCUCACACCGUCGUCCGAUUUUUCUGCCGAAAGAUUCGCUCCCUCUUAUCCCGUACGUUUCGCCCUCUCUCUCUCUCUCUCUCUCUCCAUAUCCCAUUUGUAGCCCUCCCUCCCUAUCAUUUUGGGUUUGGGUUCUCUAGCUUUCUGGGAAAAAUAUCUUCCCCACGAAACAAAAUGAAUCCAAAACAAUCCCAAUCUCCCCCGCCCCAUAAUCCAGUCUUCGUCCCCAAUUUUCUCAAUUGAAGUUUGAACCCUAAUUUCACCCACUCCUCGACUAGUAUUUUUUAACCCCCGAUGACUCGGAACUCCUCGUUUGAAUCGCCGCCGUCGACUCGGCCGUCGCCUCGCGAGAAGCACCGAGUGGGCGAAGUCGCCGGCGGCGCGGCAGCCGAGUGUGCGGCGGUGUGCUGCUGCUGUCCCUGCAGCGUGAUGAAUCUGCUGAUACUGACGGUGUACAAGGUCCCAAGGGGGCUGUGCAGGAAGGCCUGGGCCCAUAGCAAGAAGAAGCGGCGGCGCGUGGCUCAGAAGAAGGGGCUGCUGCAGCCCAGGCCGAACGGGCUUGCCGGCGGCGUCCUCUACAAAGAUGACGUGGACGUUAAGAGAGACGCCGACGACGACGGCGAUGUGAAGAAGAGCGACGCGGAAUCGGAGGGCGCGGAUUUGCUGGAGAAGGAGAUGUGGGCCCGCUUUUACGAAGCCGGCUUUUGGAGAAGUACUUCUCAGAGAGAAUUAUGAUGACUGUCGUUCUUUGGGCUCUCAUGUCGUUUCUUCGAUUCGUCGUCGUUUUUGGGUGUACAUAGAGGAAUUGGAGAUGUCGUUUUCGUGAGGCGGGAUAUUAUGCUUCGGGAGAGAUACGAUUGGGUGAUUGAUUGUGGCCUAAUUGGGUCUUGUCACUGUUUUGUAAAUGAUUGGAUCUUUAAAGUCGGCAGCAUCAGGACCAAAGCCAAAAAAGAAUAUAGAAUUGGGUGUGAUUCGUGAAUGGUAGUUUUCCUUGGUCUUCACAUAUUUUAACCAAAAAUAUUACAUAAUAUAAUGUUAAACCUGGUUAAUAAUUUA